AUGCCCUCCUUUACCGUCUUCAAAGGCUCCAAUGAUGGAAGCAUCCACAAGUCCUCAACCACCCGUCCUGACCUCAAAGAUGACCAAGUCUUCCUCCGAGUAACCUCUUCCGGCCUCUGCGGCACCGAUCUCCACUACCGGCACGCCGACAUGGUCCUGGGGCAUGAAGGCUGCGGUGUCGUCGAAUCCGUUGGACCUACCGUAAAGCAUCUCAGGGCCGGUGACCGCGUCGGCUGGGGCUACCAACAUGACAGCUGCGGUAGAUGCGAUCAGUGCCUGAAGGGUAUGGAGACGUACUGCGCAGAGAGGGCGAUGUACGGCUAUGCGGAUCUGGACCAGGGGAGCUUCGCUAGCCAUGCCGUCUGGCGCGAGGCCUUCCUUUUCAAGAUUCCAGAUGGCAUAAGCGAUGUGGAUGCGGCACCCCUGAUGUGCGGUGGUGCCACUGUCUUUGGAGCCCUGGCAAUCUAUGGCGUUCAGCCGACGGACACGGUAGGUGUUAUUGGCGUUGGCGGCCUUGGACACCUCGCCAUCCAGUUCGCGGCGAAGAUGGGCUGCGAUGUCGUCGUCUUCAGCGGCACCAACUCGAAGAAGGAGGAGGCGAUGAAGCUCGGUGCGACGCAUUUCUAUGCCACCAGGGGCGCCAAGGAGAUCAAGAGUGAGAAGAAGAUUGAUCACCUGCUUGUUACGACAAGCGCGCAGCCAGACUGGUCCCUCUACUUCCCGGUCCUCGCGCCCAACGCGACCAUCUAUCCGCUUUCCGUCGCUGACGGCGAUUUCAAGGUCCCGUACAUGCCUCUCAUUUCGAACGGCCUCAGGAUACAGGGCAGUGUCGUUGCGCCGCGUGGCAUCCACAAGAAGAUGCUCGAGUUUGCUGCGAGACACGAUAUCAAGCCUAUUGUGAUGAGGUAUCCCAUGACCGUCGAGGGUAUCGAGGAGGCGAUGAAGACGCUUGACGAGGGCGGAAUGAGAUACCGUGGCGUGCUCGUGUCUGAACAGCAGUCAUAA